AUGACUUACGUAGACUUUCAAUCACUUCAAAAAUUCUUACAUAAUAGUUCUGAAAUAGCCAAUGGAAAAUUCAUUAAAAUACAUGAAAAGAAACUAAUAGAAUUAAACCGCGGACCUAUUGGUCAAAAUUAUCAAGAACUUAAAUCUAAACUUAUUCAUAAUAUUUCAUCUUAUGACUUAUCUCCAACCGAAGAAAGAAUAUUAUGUAGAGGAUGGGAUUUUUGCAUAGAAAAUAAAAUUACUAAUUUCAUUGAUUUUAAAACAGAUAUAGAAUUAAAUGUAUUUAAGAUUCAAGAACAUUGUCAUCCUAAUGUAUUUACUACGCUAUGUCGAAAACUAAAUAAUUACUCAGAAAUAUUUAUAAAAUCUGUAAAAAAGAAAAGAAUAAGAAAUAUUAGUGAUGAAGAAUUUAAUGCAAUCAAGUCGUUAAAGAAUAAUAAAAACAUUAUAAUCUGUCGUGCUGAUAAAGGCAACUCCAUUGUUAUUUUAAAUAAAGAAGACUAUAUAAAUAAGAUAAACGAAAUCCUUAAACAAAAACAAUUUAAACCUAGUAAACAAGGGAUAAUUAAAGAAAAAGAGAAAUCGAUGAAUAAAUGCAUUUUAAAAUUAUAUAAUGAUAAAAUAAUUGAAAAAGAUACUUACUGGAAAAUUCAUUCUACUUGUUCCUCGUAUGCUACCCUAUAUGGACAACCCAAAAUCCAUAAAGCUAAUUAUCCUCUUCGUCCUAUUAUUUCAUCUAUUGGUGCAUAUAAUCAUGAUCUAUCGAAAUAUCUGUAUUACAUAAUUAAAAAUAAUAGACCUUCCCAAUCAUUUUCUUAUAUUAAAGAUUCAUAUGAAUUAGUGAAGAAGAUUACAGGAAUACAUGAUAGUUCUAAUCAAAUUAUGAUAAGCUUUGAUGUAGAUAAUUUAUACACCAAUGUCCCAGUUAAUGAAGCUAUAGAAGUGACCUUAGAUAUGUUAUUUAAAAGAUCAAACCCAGCACCUAUACCAUUUACUCGAGAACAAUUCAAGGAACUAUUAGAAAUAGCUGUAUGCAAUGUUCCUUUUCGAUUUCAUGAUAAAAUAUACAUACAAAAUGAUGGGGUUGCAAUGGGUUCACCAUUAGGACCUGUCCUAGCAGACUUAUUCAUGACACAUCUUGAACAAAGACUUAAUAAAUUCUCAACCAAUAAGCCUAGUAUAUGGAUUAGAUAUGUUGAUGAUGUCUUUUGCAUUUUUAAAAAGAAUCAAAACAUUAAAGAUUUCUUACUAAGAAUUAAUAAAUGGCAUCCUAAUAUUAAAUUUACUAGUGAAUUAGAAUUUGACGAAAAAUUAGCUUUCUUAGAUGUUUUAAUUAGUCGUGAUAAUAUAACACAUAAAUAUAAUACUACGAUAUAUAGGAAACCGACUAAUACCAACCUGUAUUUAUUAUAUGAAAUUUCCGAUAUUCCCUUACAAUGGAUUAAUUGUAGCACAUGGACCGAUCAGUUGUCAAUUGAGAAAGUAGAAGUAAAUAUGUGGCCACCAAAGCGCAAUGAAUUAUUAACAGUAUCCGUGUCAGGUGUAGCGAAAGAAUCAUUUUUAUAUGGUAAUUAUAAUAAGACAAUUGUUUAUCGAGGAUAUUCUUUACCAUCAAUAAUUGGACCAUUAGAUGAUCUUGGAAUUAAAUUACCUACAUAUCCUGGUCCAUUGAAAAUGAUUAUAUUUAAUGCUACAAUACCCGACGUGGCCCCCGAAGGACAAUAUGAUUUAUAUGUAAAAGCAAGUGAACAAGAUCAUUUUGAAGUUCUAUGCGUUAAAAUUACUUGGGAGUUAUAA